UCUUUAUAAUUUGUAAUUCCAGUAAGAGUACUAUUGUCAAAUUAGAAUAGAUAGAUAACUGUUCUGUUAGUGAGACAUGACCGAAGUAUAUGGCAACCCCAAAACUUAGGAGUUUCCCACAUUCUCUUCACACCUAUUUUGUCUCUAACAGAAUCACUUUUGAAAACAAACUCCUCCAAACAUUUGUCCACUUUUACUCAGUCUUACCAUACCCAACAGAUCCACACGUUAAUAUAGACAGAGACACCUUUGCAGCUCAUCAAAAAAAUGCAUAUUCAUCCACACACCUUCAAACCUUAAUUUCUUCAUUCAUUCAUUCAUUCAUUCUGGAUCAUAAUUUUUUUCCAGCAUCUUUCUCACUGGGUGUGGAAAGAAAUAAUAAUGACCCUUAAGGGUGGUACAACACAGGCUUGUGCAGCAUGCAAAUUCCAGAGAAGAAAAUGCACACCUGAGUGCCUUUUAGCUCCAUAUUUCCCUGCAGACCAACCAAAAAUAUUUCUCAAUGUUCACAAACUAUUUGGAGUUAGCAACAUUGUCAAAAUACUAAAAUAUUUGGAACCUAGUCAGAAAAAAGUAGCCAUGGACUCUAUUAUCAUUCAAGCUAAUUAUAGAGAUAAGUAUCCUGUGCAUGGAUGUUGGGAGGAAAUUUGCAGGUUACAAUAUCAAAUAUGGUUGAUGGAAGAAGAACUUCAUGUUGUUUAUCAACAGCUUGAAAUUUGUAGGCAACAACAACAACAACAGUUACCUCAUGAUGAUGUGACUUCACAGUUAGAAUUGGGAAUGGCGCCGCGUUCGUCUAAUGCGCUUGCACUGUUUAAUCAAACUCCACAACCACAGAGUUAUAAUAUUAACAACAAUAAUACAGUGGCUGCUCCUUUGUCUGUAUCUCAGCAACAUUCCUACUCCAACAGCAAUAGUGUGGAUUAUAAUAACUCACCCCUUUACAUGGAUUCAAAGGAUAAUGCUACAAAUCCUAAUUUGUGGAUUCAGUGCCCUUACACAAGUAACAAUAGCAAUUCAAUAACAAUGCAACCUCAUCAGUUGGUUGCCUCAGAGUCACAACCACUGUCAUCUGUCCAACAAGGAGUUGUUGAAGAUAAUUAUGAUGAAAUGCAUUCAUUUUUUGAUACAGUUGAUGAUAGGCAAUCAUACAUUUAUUCUAAGGAGGCUUAUGAAUCAAGUUCGGAAGAAUCACUGAAAGAUACAAGAAAGUGCACAGAGCAUGUUUCUGAGAAUGAACUGAAGAGUGCAGCUGCUUGUUUCAGCCUUACCAGUGUCAAUUGAUCAGUACUGUGUUGCCUUCAACGAAAUGAAAAGAUGAACUAGGUUUC